CGUCAGGAGAGGCUCCAUUUCACUUUUAUGAUAAAGACGCACGUUAAGAGGACACCGCUGAUAUGUUUUCACGAAUCGCCAGACCAUCCGCCAGCCUCGCGCGCUGUUUAUCCACAACUUCUCAGAGCAAUGCGAAGGUGGCAGUGCUGGGAGCGUCGGGUGGAAUCGGACAGCCGCUCUCCCUCCUGCUGAAGAACAGUCCUCUGGUGAGCGAGCUCUCUCUGUAUGAUAUCGCUCACACGCCCGGAGUCGCCGCGGACCUCAGCCACAUCGAGACCAGAGCCAAGGUCACGGGUUUUAUUGGAGCUGAUCAGCUGGGCGCGGCUCUGAAAGCAUGUGAAGUGGUGGUUAUUCCUGCCGGAGUUCCCCGUAAACCCGGUAUGACUCGUGAUGAUCUGUUUAACACAAACGCCACCAUCGUGGCCACUCUGGUUGAUGCGUGUGCCCAUCACUGCCCUGAGGCCAUGAUCUGUGUCAUCGCUAAUCCUGUGAACUCCACCAUCCCCAUCACUGCAGAGGUGCUGAAGAAGCAUGGUGUUUACAACCCUAACAGAGUGUUCGGAGUCACCACGCUGGACAUCGUCAGAGCCAACACCUUCGUCGCUGAGCUCAAAGGUCUCGAUCCGGCUCGCGUCAACGUGCCUGUUAUUGGAGGUCAUGCUGGAAAAACCAUCAUCCCUCUGAUUUCACAGUGCACCCCGAAGGUGGAGUUUCCCGCUGAUCAGCUUUCCGCUCUGACUGAGAGAAUUCAGGAGGCAGGAACUGAGGUGGUGAAGGCCAAAGCAGGAGCAGGUUCUGCCACUCUGUCGAUGGCCUACGCUGGAGCUCGCUUCACUUUCUCUCUCCUUGACGCCAUGAAUGGGAAAGAGGGAGUGGUGGAAUGUGCGUUUGUGCGGUCAGAGGAGACGGAGUGUAAAUACUUCUCCACACCUCUGCUGCUCGGGAAAAAUGGCAUUGAGAAGAACCUGGGCCUGGGGAAGCUCUCUGCGUUCGAGGAGAAACUUGUGUCUGAAGCUCUGGCUGAACUCAAGGGUUCCAUCAAGAAAGGAGAAGAUUUCGUGGCCAACAUGAAGCUGUGAGCGUCCGAAACCGAACUCCAUACACAGAAUGUCAUUAUUUAUAAAAAUCUACUC